AUGGGUAGACGUAAGAUAGAAAUCGCACCUAUCCUUGAUGACCGCAAUCGGUCUGUAACCUUCUUAAAGCGUAAAAAUGGACUCAUGAAAAAAGCCUAUGAGCUUGGGGUAUUAUGUGGUGCUGAGGUUGCAGUCAUUGUUUUCGCUGGAAAUGGAAGGUUAUACGAGUUGAGU